UUCUGCGGCCUUGUGUCAGUCGCGUCGGUGUGAGCUUCGGUCAUUGUGCGCGGUCUCGUCACGCUGUACUAUUUCUCGAUUGGUGUAGUGUUGUGAGAUUGUUGUUUUUUAUCGAAGACAUCUUAGAAGGAUGGAAUAAAACAAAACCUUUGUUCGUGACGGUUAUAAAAGUCGGGUGAUUCAGUCCGUUAGGAAAACCCAGUUACGCAGGAAGUAACGAGAGGUGAAAGAGCGAGAGCCAUCUGUCGCAGCAGGUGGUUGCAUGUGCUCUGAUUUCCGUCGGAAAAAAAAUGCUUGUCAAGAACGCCGAAGUGUCUAAGGAUGACAUGUGAGCGACAGAGUUGAAUUAUGAAUUGUGAGAGUGUAAUUUCACGUCGGACGGCAGGAAAGGAAUGCUAGUGUCGCGUUGGUGUUUGCGACCACCAGUUAAAUAGGUAUUAUUAGCUGCGCUGUGUUUGCAUGCACAAAAGUCUAGAGGACGUGUGUGGCUUUCUCGCGCUAAAUCUGUGGUCGGAUGUACGCUGCCUGUGCCACAGUUCUAAGUACGCAACGGAGUCUAUUGGCAUCCGCUACAACCAAAACACGACUGACCACGUAAGACCGCCCGCCAACACGCCCACGCCCGCGAACCAUCUCUGCCAGACUGUUUGGGCGGGACAGCAAAGCCUCGGGUAAAAAGGGAAGAAGAGCUUGGCAUGGGUAUAGUGCGGACCAAUAACAAGGAAGGGCGCCAAACAGAGUGUCGUCGGCACGUGCUUCGUGUUUGUUGAUGUCGCGCAGAACAAUACGGGAUCCGGACUCGACGCGGUCAGAAGGCGUCGCGAGGAGUUCAGUGACGAUCGUGUGGAUAAAUAGCUCUGUGAUAGCUUUUAUUGUUCUGUCUCUCAUAAUUGACGUGUUUUCUCCAAGUGAAGUGAAUUGAGUUUGCUAGAUACUUGUGAAUGAGUUUUGGUUACAAAAUGGUUGUUGUAAUUGUUUUAUAGUGUCAUGUUGAUAAAUGUUUGGUUGAUGACUUCGGUUGAUUAUAAUCAAGGUCGAUCGUAGAAAUAAACAAACGGCAGCUAUUACAAAUUCCCAAUUCAGCAUUUUAGAAGCAGAGAGGCCCUCCCUAGAUGAAAAAAAAACAAUAUUUCUAGACACAGCAUUCCAUAUUAUGUUAUCUGGCGGUCGCGGAAGAGUGUCCUCUAAAAGGUUGCAAAAUCUUCCAUAGAAAAGAAAAAAACGAUACAUCAUAUAAGAGAAAGACACAAAUCCACCAACCGUAGUGGCACAGUUACGAGCCCUAGGACACAUAAAGCGAUCUGAUCCGAGUGGUUGGAAAGGUACGACAGAGGGCCCGAGGCUGAGCGACCCGGCCGUCGCUAGACCCAACUGGGCAGAAGAAAGAAAGACCCAGAUCCUCGCCUUAGACGACCCCGAGACGGCGAAGGGAAGGCCAACGCAGCACGUUUUAUAGUACCUGAUCCAGAGUCCCUUCUCCUGGCGGUUCAGACGAGUGUGUUAUCUUGUCAAGUAUAAGCAAUAUAUCAACCAUGGCUCGCGAAGAAUCUCCAGAUGUGAUGCAACUGUUCCUCAAAUACCUGGAAGGAAAAAUGGUUGGCGCUGCAAGUCCCGACAUGCUGUGCGGUCCGGAGUGCUUCGUCGGGCCGGAGGUGGGUGAGGACGGCGCCCCCGACCACGCCCUUCUCUACCGCGGGGGCGUCAUCAGCAUCAUCGAGGCCAAGGCUUCAGAGCUCCUCUCCCGCGGCUUCGGCCCGUACCCCCACGUGAACCUCACCACAGAGCACGCCCUCAUCGUCACGCGAGCCCUGGCCACGCUCCACGCUCGCGCCAUGGUCACGGAGGCGACGUCCGAGAACAAGGUCCAGGGCAAGGCGCUCGCCGGAAGCACCCCCGUCGCCGAGUCAACGUCGCCCUCGGAGGACACGGUGGGAGGCGAGGACGGCGACCCGGCGGAGGAGAAGGAAGAGCAGAGCAGCCAGCACAGGAUCGCGGAGGCAGGCUGCGUCAAGGACAGGUGGACGGCUCAGGUGUCGCAGCUGCACAUCGUGGAAUCGAACCUGUCGAUCCUGGUGGACGCAUUGCAGAACCUGGGCAGCAACCAGCGGACGGUGCGACGCCUGGAGGCUCUCCGCUCCGAUCUCCCAACACUUACCCAGUUCCUGCAGUUCGCCUCAGCCAUGCAGUCGUGCAGGAUCCCCAGCGUGGGCCCAGUUCAGGUCACCGACGUGUGGGUUCCAAUAGGAGAGGAAGACGAAGAAGUAGUGGCCAUUAGACUCCGCGGAGGCAAGGCUCUGGACGCCCCUCCCCUCCGCGACGCUGCGUGGGUGUGGCUCACUCUGCUGGGCGGGGAGACCCUUCGGGACCGCUACAUGGAGCUCUGCGACGAGUACUGCAACUCCUUCAACAAGGCUCUGCUGCGACUCGAGGCAGCGAAUCAGGUGGAGGAAAUGUCCUACUUUGAUGUCAUGCGCGACCUGGGGGAGAACUUCCUGCACGCUUUCAUCACGGUGCUGCAUAAGUUCGUGGUGUCCGGGUCCUGGUAUUUCGACCGCCAGCUCCACACCGAAGAAGGGAUGCAAGCACUCGUCGAAGUCAUCAGCUUCCUGGUGGAUAACGGCAUUGUGGGAUCCAUCUUCGUCAUCUGAUACGUGGUGCUGAGGGGUGUCUCGAGUCGCCGUCCUGGAGAGUGGCUAAGCGCAGGAAGGAAGGAGGGGGACUAAGCACUCUCCCCUGCACUAGCCAGCUCCUCUGUACAGAAGCUCCUCGUGUGCAGAGUCUCGUAAAUAGCUCACUGUUAUCAUCUAUUAAUAUGAAUAACAAAAAUAACCAGAUAAAAAGUAGAUAAUAAAAAGUAGUGGGUGCGUAUGCCAAGUUAAAUGCGAGACAACGAUAAUGAUGCAAGCAGUUAAAAAAAUGAUAUAUUGUGCCUUUUUUUCUCCGCUGCACAAUGAUCAUGAGUGAAGCUGGAUUGAUGGUGGAUUUCAUAGUGACGCAGUAGAAGAGAUACGUGUGGAGAAAAGAUACGAAUUAUGGCAUAAUUGUGUGAUAUACUAUUAUUAGAUUUGUAAAAAAUAUACUCUGAAUAAACACACACGCACACGUACACGUACCCGUACACGUACACGUACACGCGCGCGCGCGCACACACACACACGCACACACACACACACACACACACACACACACACACACACACACACACACA